GAGGUCAGUACAAAAAACCAGACUUCUACAGGCAGUUUCUGGGUCAGACCAGUUUACCAUCCAUCGCAGUGGCUUCUGUUUUCUCCAGAUGUUUAUCACGAAGAGGCUCCGAAAAGGCUAUUUUUCUGCUUACCCUCUCCCUCUGUUGUUUGGUGGUGUUGCUAACGGGCAAGGUUAAAAUGAACUGGUCAUCUGAGAGUUAUGGAAAAUAUGGAAUCAAGACUUAAGCAGGCCCCGUAUUUUCGUUGUGAAAGGGGACUCGAUUGGGUUCCUGUGUGCCAGAAGUGUGAAACCUGUGUCUUAGCCUGGAAGAUCUUUGCUACCAAAGAGUGGUUCCGGAGGGUCAGUGACAUAUCCCAGAGGAGGUUCCUAGUCAGCAUCCUGGGGCAGUUAAAUAGCCUGUAUUUAUUACACUAUUUCCAGAAUAUCCUACAGACCACCCAGGGAAAGGAUUUCAUCUAUAACAGGUCCAGGAUCAAACAUAGCAGGAAGGAGGGGAAGGAGGAGAAGAUUGUGAAGUCCUCCUUGAACCAGAUGUUGGACGAAACAGUAGAGCAGAAGAUGAAGGAAAUCCUGUACUGGUUUGGCAACAGCACCCACCGGACUAAGGCAAAUUACACUCUCUUGCUGCUGCAGAUGUGCGACACAAAGUUACUGCUCACUGCUGCCAAUGUGAUCAGAGUCCUGUUCUUGAAAGAGUGGAGCAAUAUCGCAGGCCUCCGUCAAGACUCCAGUGAUGUAAUAUUUUACCCAGAGAAAAACUACAACCCUGCAUCUGACACCUCAUAUAUCUACUGGGCAGCUAGACCCAAACCCAUGUCUUUCCCGAUGUCCAGAGCUUUUCGAAAUAAAGUCGGGACUGAAAAUGUGGAGAGAGAAGCAACUACUGAAAAAGGAAAGAGUUCACUCCAGUGUAUUUCUGAGAUGAAUAGACAGCUUUCUGGAAAAUCGGGCAUAUCCAAGUUGGAAGAUGAUCCCUGCAACCUGCUGCUGAGUCUAGACGAAGUCCAAGUGCUGUCCUCCGGGUCCAGCAAAUAUCGGGACUUUAUCCGUUACCUGCCCCUCCACCUCUCCAAGUACAUUCUAAGAAUGCUGGAUAGGAACAGCCUGAGCAGGUGUGCCUUUGUGAGCCAGCACUGGGCUGCUCUGACCCAGCAGGUCAAGGUGGACCUGUCCAUGCACUCCUUCAUUCAGAACCAGAUUUCUCUCCUGCAGGGUUCCUACACAAGGGGAAUAGAUCCUAACUAUGCCAGCAAAGUCUCUAUCCCAGUCCCUAAAAUCAUAGAUGAAGGGAAGCGUAUGCGGUCAAAAAAUCAGAAGUGGAAACUGAGAACAAAGAAUGAUUACAACUUGUGGACUGCAUACCAGAACCAGGAAACUCAGAUGGUCCAGAUGGAGGAGAGGAAUGUUUUCUGUGGCACCUACAACAUCCGCAUUCUCUCUGACAUGAGGGACCAGAAUAGGAUCAUCCACUAUAAUGGGGGAGACCUGAUGGCUGUAUCAUCCAAUCGGAAGAUCCACCUUCUGAACGUCAUGCAGGCUAGGGAGAUGCCCAUUGAGUUCCGAGGACAUGCUGGCAGCGUCAGGGCUCUCUUCCUGUCUGAGGAGGAGAACAUUCUCUUCAGUGGGAGCUACGACCUGAGUAUCAGAUACUGGGAUGUGACAACUGGGGCUUGCAUACGAAUCUUCUAUGGCCACCAGGGAACAAUCACUUGCCUGGAUUUAUAUAAGAACAAGCUUGUAUCUGGAGCAAGAGAUGGACAGGUAAAAGAAUGGGACAUAGAGACAGGGAAGUGCCUGAAGACAUUUAAACACAAAGAUGCCAUCUUGGCUGUCAAGAUCAGUGAGAACUACAUCGUGAGCAGCUGUGAGCGAGGCAUGGUCAAGGUGUGGCAUAUUGCCACAGCUCAGCUGCUAAAGACUCUCACCGGGCACGAGGGAGCUGUGAGGUGCCUGUUCUUUAACCAAUGGCAUCUUGUCUCUGGAGGUGCUGAUGGCCUGGUCAUGGCCUGGAGCAUGGUGGGAAAGUACGAGCGGUGCCUGAUGGCCUUCAAGCAUCCUAAGGAGGUGCUGCAGGUAUCUCUUCUCUACCUCCGGGUCAUCAGUGCCUGUGGAGAUGGCAAGAUCCGCAUUUAUAAUUUCCUCAAUGGGAACUGUCUGAAGGUGAUAAAAGUCGAUGCCAGAGGUGACCCGGUGCUAUCCUUCUUUUAUCGGGGCAACAGGAUGGUGGUCCAGACGGACAGCAAUAUUCUCAUGUUCCAGUUUGAAAACGUAAAGUGGCAAUAUACAGACAGAGGCAAAGCAAAGAAGAGUAAGGAUAAGGAGGAGGAAAGGGAAGACACCAGCCUUGGGGAUGCAUACUCCAAGUCUAGCACUCAGGUUCACAGCCUGAGAGAUUCUGUGUCUAGUAAACAGACUAUGACCCAGGAAUUCCUAUCAAACAAAGCUCAGAAGUCCCGAGUUCUUCUGAAGUCAAACAAGAGGCUGUCUUCAGAGGCACAUGAACAAGGAAAACCAAAUGCACCCCAGAGGGAUGUCAAGAAGAAAGCUGGUGGUGACUUGGAAGAUGGGCUAGAGAAUCUGGAAGCAAAACCUGACGCUGAAGAGAAGAUGAGCGGAGCAGAUGAUGUGGAAAGUCCUGCAGAGGAAAUCAGUCAUCCAAUGAAAAAGUUCUGGAAAAUCCCUAUGACACCAGACAGAUUCCUUCUGACCGUCAAUGCUUUGCAACAAGUACACAAUUCUGAAGAAUUUGCCUAUCCCCACAGGCCCCAUACUCCAGUCAUUGAUGCCUGGGGACCUUCAAUUACAUAUCCAAGGAAAGUCCUAAGCUUCAAAGGAAAAUCAGUUCAACAUGCAGUUGACCAGCUGAGAUCCAGCAAUCAUCUUACUGAUGUGAAACAAACCAAUAUUCCCCUUGAAAUCCAAAAACUGAAGCCCAACUUGAAAAAAUCCUUGCAUAGUUCCAGAGUCCAGUCCACCAUACCCCAGCCCAGACUUAUCCGUUCCAGAGCCCCUGAUAGCUUAAAGGGCGAAGAGCACUUGACCAGUUCAAUUGAUGGGUCGAUGCACCGGGCUGGCCCCCUGACCAGCAUGCAGGUCAUUAAACCAAACCGAAUGCUUGCUCCCCGAGGUGGCACAACUACCUUGUCUCUCAAGAAAGAACGGCCACGUUUCUAUACAACCCUGGAUCCUCUUAGAAUGAAUACCGGGUUCAUGCUGUUGACUGUGAAGGAGGAGAAAGAAUAUGGAGAAGCCAAGAUGAAGGAAUAUCAAGCUAGUGAAUCCACUAAAGUAGUUGACCCAGGUAAAGCCAGCAAAGCUGCGUGGAUUCGUAAGAUCAAAGGCCUGCCUAUUGAUAAUUACAUGAAGCAAGGGAAAACAGCGGCCCCUGAACUUGGACAAAAUGUGUUUAUCUAAACCAGGCUUGGGAACUUACAGCACCAUUACAACAAACAGAAAAACAAGUAA